AUGGAGCGGGCGCCGUCGGGGCGCACCGAAACCCAGACUCGGAGUUGGCGAGACGCGAUGAGGAAGCAGAGCGCGCGCACCGCGGUGCUCAUCCUGUGCAUCCUGUCCUAUCUGCUGGUGGGCGCCGCGGUCUUCGAUGCGCUGGAGUCCGAGGCGGAGCGCAGCCGACAGCGGCUGCUGGCUCGGAAGCGAGCCGAGUUCCGCAGAAAGUAUGGCUUCUCCGCCGACGACUACCGCGAGCUGGAACGUCUGGCGCUGCAGGCUGAGCCGCACCGCGCCGGCCGCCAGUGGCGCUUCGCGGGCUCCUUCUACUUCGCCAUCACGGUCAUCACCACCAUCGGGUAUGGCCAUGCCGCACCGGGCACGGACUCCGGCAAGGUGUUCUGCAUGUUCUAUGCCCUCCUGGGCAUCCCCCUGACGCUGGUCACCUUCCAGAGCCUAGGUGAGCGUCUGAAUGCGCUGAUGCGGUGCCUGCUGCUGGCGGCCAAGCGCUGCCUGGGCCUGAGGCGGCCGCACGUGUCCACAGAGAACAUGGUGGUGGCCGGGCUGCUGCUGUGCGCCACCACCCUGGCCCUAGGCGCCGCCGCCUUCGCACACUUCGAAGGCUGGACCUUCUUCCAUGCCUACUACUACUGCUUCAUCACCCUCACCACCAUCGGCUUCGGCGACUUCGUGGCGCUGCAGAGAGAUGAGGCGCUGCAGAGGAAACCGCCCUACGUGGCCUUCAGCUUCCUCUACAUCCUGCUGGGGCUCACGGUCAUCGGUGCUUUCCUCAACCUGGUGGUCCUGCGCUUCCUCGCUAGCGCUGACGCCCCCGAGCGCUCAGCCCGCCGCGCCAGCGCGUUCCACAGGAGGGCGCCCGAGAGCCGCUUCCGCGCCAGGGCCUCCGCCAGCCUCCCUCACCGCUUUCAUCAGCUGGAGACCUGGGCCCUUGACAACCCUGCCUUCUCACCUCCCCUGAGCCCAGAAGCCUUGCACCACUGCCACAGCAGCUCAGACAGACCCCGAGCCCGGAGGAAGUCCAUCUGACAGUCCUACUCACCCGGGCCAGGCCUGGCCAAUGUCUAGCCCCGCCUGUUAGC